GUCCGCAUCCAAGACACGAGACGCAGGGAAGAAAAAAGUGUCCUCCAGAGUCACAAUGACGCAGUUUUAGGAGAACUUUUUUCCCACGGAGGUCUCUCAGUCCAGGACGGUUUCUUCUUCUACCGAGCAAGUUUCACUUUCCACCCCGAAGUUCUUCCGUUUCCCGCCGCGCACCGGUGUGAUGCCCGCCGGGAUGUUCAGCAUAGACAGCAUCCUGUCCGGCCGGCCGAGCUGCAAGGAGCCGCUGCUGCUGCACCGGAGCGGCCCGGUGCUGCUGUCCGCCGGACUCACGGACUCUAUCUACGCCGACUACAACGGACUGUACUCGGCCACGUGCGGGCCUUCUCCCCCCAGUGUUCAGUCCGUGAACGGGACCCGGUUAGGAUAUAACGGCUACUACUACGGACAGCUGCAAGUCCAGGGCGUCGGAGGAGGGCCGCCGUGCUGCGGCUCCGUGCCCGGCUCCGUGCCCGGCCUCGGCCCGCAGCAGUGCCCGUGCAUCCCGGGAGGCUACGACAGCCCGGGCUCGGUGCUGAUCUCUCCGGUCCCCCACCAGAUGAUGUCCUAUAUGAACAUGGGCAGCCUGUCUCGGACCGAGCUGCAGCUCCUCAACCAGCUGCACUGCCGCAGGAAGCGGAGGCACCGCACCAUCUUCACCGACGAGCAGCUGGAGGCUCUGGAGGGCCUCUUCCAGGAGACCAAGUACCCGGACGUCGGCACCCGGGAGCAGCUGGCCCGUAAGGUCCACCUCCGGGAGGAGAAGGUCGAGGUUUGGUUCAAAAACAGACGCGCGAAGUGGAGGAGGCAGAAAAGGUCUUCAUCAGAGGAAUCAGAGAACUCUCAGAAAUGGAACAAAUCGGCCAAACCGUCCGCGGAGAAGCCGCAAGAGGAGAAGAGCGAGCUGGACUCAGACAGCUGAUAGGAACAGCGUGUGUGUGUGUGUGUGUGUGUGUGUGUGUGUGUGUGUGUGUGUGUGCGUGUGUAUGUGUGUGUGUGUGUGUGUAAAUAUAUCAAGUGGGAAGUGGCGUGGACUCGACGGCAUGCUGGUGGUGUGAUGAAACGUGUUGCCAUGUUGCACAGUUUGUACAUAAUCUACAUUUUAUUAUUGAUCCUGUGUCCGCUAUUUAUAUUUAAUUUAAGUUGGUUUUGUAAUGUUGAGCACGCCAGGGUGCACGCUCGGCUCAGCUCGGCUCGGACUGACGGGUCUGAAUAAUAUCGUAAUGUUCUAUGUGACAUUUCUGUGGAUAUUAAAUGUUGUGAUUCUGGUAUAUUUUUUUUCCCCCGUUGUAACAUUAUUCAUUGCGCUCGCCUCGGCUCGGCUCGGCUCAGCUCGGCCGCAGAGGAAACGUGGAGACUGUAAAAACACUCCGAGGCUGAGCAGAGCGCAGCAUCACCACACAGCUGUUAUGAACAAUAUGCCCACAUUUUUGUGUUUUUUUUAUUUUGCAAAAAUAAGCAAAACCUACGUAAAAGGACAACGAGUAUUCAUUAAAAUAUAAAUGAAACACCAUCAA